UUAGCACUUCAAAAACACGCUCACCACAAACGUAAACAAUGCAAUGAGUGUGAUCGAUACCGUCGCUAACGAACUGGACUUUAAAUUAGUUGUAACGAAGAAAGGAAGGCAUCGCAAACCAAGAAACUAUCGGCAAGCAGUCCCUGGCCAACUUUCUGAAGCAGAAAGUUCCAAAUUUUGCCGGGAAACCAUCAUCACACAAUUGCAAAGUGCCGAGACGGACAUUUCACAGUCGGGUUUUUUCCGCGAGUGUUUGGAAACCGUACGACCGGUACUGGCCGGUGUAAAAAACAUCAUCUGUCUUGGUUUGGGCAACUUUCACCAGUGUGCUAUCGCACGGUAUCAGCUAGCAUUUAUUCGGUGCUUACGAGAGCAGACGAAUCUCGCCGUUAGAGCACAAUUUUUCGACCCAGUGUUUAGCAGAUCGGAGGUGGAAACAUUGCACACCCUUGGGGAGACCGUUUUGCACGAGAAUCUUGAAGGCAAGUAUAGUGCCGAACGCAAAACACUUUUCUUCCUGCCACACUGCCCGAAACAGAUCGUAAACAAUCUGCUGUGGCGCAAUUGGGAUCCGAACCGUUUGGCGAAUAUUGUUCUGCUUUGCAACAGCUUCAGUACGGUGGUGAAUAAUAAUCCCGAUCGGUUGCUACGAGUCAACGCAGGCUACAUUCUACGAGCGGUAAACUUGUUUCGGGAAGUUCCGCUUCGAAAUAAUUUUCGCUUCACGGACAUAUUCAACGAUACGUCGCUUCAUUAUCUGGGCGCAAUCGAAGAGGUCCAAACGCCCAUCGAUUGGAAGUGCACCGAGGAACCGUUAUACGAACGCAACGAUUUAGAGCUCAUCUCGAAGGAGGUUGUGGCAAGUCUCGAGUUUUCGUAA